AUGAAAGAAAGAAAAAAAGGAAAAAAAAAAUUGGAGAAAAAAAAUUUUGAGCCAAAAAUACGACGUAUCCGUGAAUUGACAGCAAUACCGGCAACAACAAAAACAAAUUUAAAAUUAGGUAAAGAUGAAAGAAGCCGAACAAGUAUUACUAUUCAACAUUUACAAACAAGUACGGUAAAUACGACAAUGUAUGUUCCAUUUGUAUGGAUUGAUGAUUACAAUGAUUCGAUAUGGAAUGAUACGAAAUUUAAUACAACACAUGCAAAUGUUACAAUUAUACCAAUAAAACAAGAAGAGAAUUUGAUUUUUGGUUAUUUUAGGUUAUAUGCCUUGAUAUUACUUGCAAUUUUCGUCAUACUUCUGCUUGUAAUCACAGCAAUUGCAUGUUACUAUGAUUGUGAAAAUCGUCGUAGCAGCUUACCGCGUGAUAAAUAUGAUAGUACCAAAAAGGGUACUGUACCAACAGUAACCAUCAAAUACGCAGGCGAACAAUCUGAUAUUAUAGAUGGAAAGAGCAUUCGAGUUGUUAGCAUUUAUAGCUUUUUAACUUUAAAAGUCAUGAUAAAUAUAAUACAGUAUUAG